GUUUAUUCCCUUUUUUUAAAAACUUCUUUAUAUAUCUACUUUUCUUUUCUUUUCUUUUUUACUUGUUUUUUUUAUUACUUUAUCCAUUAUGGCUUUCUAAAUUUUCUUGCUUCCCAAGCAAAAAACGACAAAACAAUUUUUACGAAAACAUUUUUUUUUUUUACAAUACGAUCAACAUUGAACCAUUUUGCCGAUUAUUUCAGCAAUCUCCCUUUUUUUUUAAUAUUAUACUAUGAUUUUAUUAUUGACUCCACGACCUAGCCCCCUAUUGGCAUCCAACAUCUUGUUGCACUCUAUUACUUCCUGAUAUUAUUUUUACAUAUAUACACAACGAAACAGAUACACCUUCUCUAUUCUAUAGUGUUUCUAUCUAUUUUUUUUUAUCUUUAUUUAUCUCAAACAACAAUUUUUUACAACAAUAACAACAAUUGCUUCUACUUUUAAUCUGAUGUCUACUACAAUCUCAAGUGAUUAUUGGUCUGAACUCUCUCAAUCUUUGAUUGACACCACUGUAGGUGAUUAUCAAUUUGUCGAAGAUCUUGGUCAUGGCUCCUAUGGUGGUCUCUUUCUUGGUCAAAGUCUGAAAACAAAGUCUUAUGUUGCCAUCAAGGUUCUCAACAAGUCUGGUCUUACUGUUGAACAACAACAACUUCAACAAUUGGAAAUUGAUAUUCAAUCUCAAUUGAAGCAUCCUUCACUCUUGGCUCUUCAUUCUGUGAUGCAAGAUCAUUCUUAUAUUUAUAUGGUAAUGGAUUUGUGUGAUCAAGGUGACCUAUUUGACUAUGUGAUUCGUGAUCAACAAGAUCGUACCUCUCGUCCUGAACAUGUGGCUAAGGAUCUCUUUAUUCAAAUCUUGGAAGGCAUUGAACAAAUGCAUGCUCAAGGUAUUUAUCAUCGUGAUAUCAAGUUGGAAAACAUUUUACUCAAGGGUUUAGAUGAUGAUACCGAUGGUUUUGAUUGUAAGGUGGCAGACUUUGGUUUGGCGACACGCGAUCGAUGGUCUAUGGAAUUUGGCUGCGGUUCUGCUACUUAUUUGGCGCCUGAACAUUUUUCAAACGAUGAUGAAUAUGAUGAUGAUCAAGAUUUAAAACCUUAUGAUUCAGCUGCAUCUGAUGUUUGGUCUUUGGGUAUUUUACUAUUGGCUUUGAUGUUUGGUCGCAAUCCUUGGCAAGAAGCAAACUUGGCCGAUCCUGCCUUUGCUGAAUACAAGAGAAAUCCAACCAUGCUCAAACAACACUUGUUUCCUACUUUGUCAUCUGAAACUGCUCUCUUUUUGCAACAAUCUGUACUUACUUUGGAUCCUAGUCGUCGUGUCUCUGUGUCUGAAAUGCUCAAACAAUUCCGUGGAUUGACUCUCUACCAAGAAGAAGAUGAUGAUGAAGAAGUGUCACCUUUGACUCCUGUAGAUAUUCCUCAACAACAACAACAAGAAGGAAAGGAUGGUCAACCAAGAUACGAUUCUGCCUUCUUCAGUAUGUCUGCUGCUCCUGGUGCUCAAGGUUUAUCUUGGUCUGAUAUGGUGGAAGAAGAUAUUUCUAUGAAUGAUUGCUUGGAAAGAACUCCCUCUUCUUCAUCCUCUUAUUAUCAACAAGAUGAUGAUGAUGACACUGAUAUGUUUGUCCAUAGUGAUGAAAAGGAAUCUUGGUGGUUAUAGGCAAUAGUUUAUUAUUAUUAUUAUUAUUAUUAUUAUUAUUAUUAUUUAGAACACUACUAGUUUAGUCUGUUACCCCUACGUCCUUUUUUUUUUUUACAUACUAUUAUUUGAAAUAAAAAAAAAUUACAGUUUGCCUUAUCAAAAAAAA